AUGGCCACAAGAGAAAGACGACCCACUGAAAAGGGUGCAGAGUUGCAACAAGAAGCAAAAUUCAAAGAACUUGGAAUAGCAUGGAGGAACCUCCGCAAGGAAUCAGAUGACUUGAGAAUGUUUAUGAAGGAAAACCCGCCUGUUAAAGAAACCCAAACACGGCAUAAAAUAUGGAUGAAUUUGUAUGAAAGUUUUCUACAGGCCAAUGAUGUGUACUGUGGUACACUCAGUGCAGAAGCCUUGGAAGAGCACAUUGAGAAAUGGUACAAAAAGAAGACAUUGUUUAUAGAAAAGAGAAAAUCAGAGGCCGAACAAUGGUUUCUGACUAGAACAGAGGUCCAGACUACAACUAUGUCACGAGCAUCGAAGUCUUCUCGUGCUAGUCAAGGAUCCUCAGCAAGAAGAAUUGCGGAGGCCAAACGACUGUCAGAGCUGAAGAAGCAGAGUGAACUUCUCCGAGAUCAGCAGGAAAGUGAGAAGAAACUGAAACUGUUGGAAAUUGAACUUCAACAGGAAAAGGAAAGAAGUGCCAUAGCAAAUGAAAUGGCUAAAGCAGAAGCCCGGGAACAUCUCCUGGAGGAGAUCGAGGAAGAAGAAAAUAAUAGCCAAAAUUUAGAUGGAGAAGAGGUAGACACUCAAAGAUCCAUAAGCAGUCGACAUUCCAGAGAGGAAGAAUCACCUGGCAAUGUUAAACAAACUACGUUCCCCACUGCAUCCUCAAAACACCUUCUAGAGGUGCUGAUGGAACUGCGAAAGCCAAAGUUAGAAAUAAGGAAAUUCGAAGGGAACCGUCUACAGUUCAAAAGAUUCAUGAGGCAAUUUAAAUUCAAAAUCGAAGGGAUCUGUUCCAACGACGAAAAAAUGGCAUAUCUAGAACAGUAUACGAUCGGAGAAGCAAAUAAAAUAGUUGUUGGGUACUCCUUCUUAGACGCUGAUGUGGGCUACCCUGCGGCGAUAGAAGAAUUGAAAAGGAAAUACGGUGACGUAGACGCCAUGGCAAACGAGUACAUAAAAAAGGUUUUGUCUUGGGAAUAUAUUAGAGCUGAUGAUCCCAAGGGCCUUGAUGCCUUUGCUGUCUUUUUGAAGGAAUGCAGAGCAGCAACACAAACUAUUGGAGGUAUGGGUGUGCUGGAAUAUUCUGAGAAUUUAAAGAAAAUAUUACAGAAGCUUCCCAACUUCAUGCAUGACCGGUAG